GGAGCUGGACACUGAGGAGACAUGAAGCGCUGUGGGACAGACAUGGACUGGAUGUGGACACUUCUGACUCUGGUCCUGAGCCUCCAGCCCUGUCCCGGGGCCCCCUCCUCCUUCGACCCCCUCCCGGGCUCCGCGCCCUCCGCGCCGCUCCACAGACACAGAACCAGGAACUGGUGCGCGUUCGUGGUGCAGCGGAACGUGAGCUGCACCGUGCAGGGGCGCGUGGAGAGCUUCCAGGAGCCCGUGGUGGCCGCGUGCCCGCCCUACCAGCACGACUGUCUGCAGCAAGUGACAUACAAAACUCGGUUUCGACCCACGUACAAGACUGCCUACAAGACUGUGACAGAGCUGGAGUGGAGAUGCUGUCCUGGUUUCCAGGGACCGUCAUGUCAAAACCUCAAACCGUCUGCAGAUGGACAAACGGUGGCGGGAUCACAGCACUUCCUUCCAUCGGGUCACGGAUAUACAACCAGACACAUUCAGAGGCCGGAGCGCAGAGAGACGGCACACCACGAGACCAGACACGGCGGGCCGGAUAAAGUGCAGCUUCUGGAAGGCGAAGUUCGGCGUCUCUCGCAGACGGUCCUGGAUCUCCAGUCGGCAUUGACGGGGUUGACGACCACCCUCCGCACAGAUCUGCAAGACGACACAAAGAACAUGCUGGUGACUCUUCUGAACAACAUGCGCCCCCCUGACGGGGCCACGGCGGCAGGAACAGAGGAUACUCCAGCAGUGCUAGACGGUCAUCAAGCAACCAGAGGAGGGAUUGCAGGAGAGAAGGCCCUGGAAAAGGUCAUCGCCCGGAUGGAUGAUAUCAGUAAUGCCUUGAAAAGCAAAGAUGAAGCUCUGGAGGACUUGAGGGGGAUUGCAACAAAUCACGAGGGGCAGAUCCGUGUCCUGAUGGACGCCUCUCAGGCUCAGACUCUGGCCGUUGCAGAUUUUGAGGCCAUGCAGAGUUACAUUGAUGGAAAAUUUGAGAAACUGAAGAAAGAGCUGGACCUGAAAGUGGAGGAGGAAGUGGCCAAAGUCCAGAGCUCAUGGAGAGACAAAAUCCAGGCGGUGCAGAAGACCUGUGAAGACAGCGAUGAUCAGGUUGUGCUCAGAAUGACCAAGGUACUGGAAACCAAAGAGGCUGAGCUGAGAAAGGAGAUCCGGGCACUGCGCUUAGACAUGGCUGCUUCAGACGGACCUGUUCGAACGCAGAGGCAGACAGAUCCGCCCCAAGAGGCCAAAGAGCACGGCGACCACAAGGACCUGUGGCGAGAGAUCGACCGCAUCGCAGAGGCUCACCGCAUCCUCAACGUCCGCAUAGACAAUGAGCUGGCUCACCUCUCCGCGCCUCAGGAAGCCAGCGACGUUGGAGUGUGGAUUGAGGAGUUGGAGGCUCGUAUAAAUAUCACAGAACAAAAUGCAGAAACACACUGUUUCUACAUCGAAGAGAAGCUGACUAAAACAAUUUCAGAGGAAGUGGCAAAACUUCAGAAACUUCUAGAAGGACGGUUGAAUGGCAUGGAGGAGCAGUUCACAAGCGUGCUGGCAGAAAUGAGCAACAGCUCCUUCCUGAGUAUGCUGGGAGACUCUGUGGAUGUCAGUAGCCAGAGUCUGGAGGACAAGGUCCGUGCUCUUGAAGAGAUGUGCUCCGUGGGAUGUUCAAAAUCUGGAAUUACUGCAGGUGGAGAAAAUUCGGCUCCCACAACAUACGGGUCGGGAAACACUUUGAAGGACGUAAAGCAGCACCAGAGUGACUUGAACGUUCUGAGCACAGAUGUCAGGUCCAACACGGACAAGCUGAGGCAGCUGGACGAUCACGUCCAAAGAUUUGAGACACGUGUGAAGACAAUGGAGCAUUUUCAGAAAGGACUGAUCAAUCUCCAAGAGAAUGUGCUUGGUCUUGCUGGAACUGUGACCUGGAUCAAUGGUUCCCUGAACAGAUACAGACAGGAGAUGCAUCAAAUUAGCUCAACAUGCUGCAGUGCAAACCAGGGCGGCUCUGAAAGCCACCGGCAGAACAGCUGGGCUUCAGGUGGAUCCACCAACCACCAGGUGGAGGAGCUGAAGUCGAGACUGGACAGCCUCAGUCGGCAGAUGUCCUCUGAGCUGCAGCGCUGCACACAGGGCACUCCGGGCGUGUCUGCCAUAGAUGGACGUGUAAGCAAACUGGAACAGGUGUGUGGAAGGUUAGAUAUGAUCUCGGGGAACAUCAGAGACCUGAAAGACGGACUGGAGAGGCACGUCAGCAGUCUGUGGCACUCUAUCGGUAGGAUGAACAACACCAGCAAGGUGAACGGCGCAGACCUGGCGAAUCUGCAGAACUCCCUGCAGAGGCUUCAGACACAGCUGUCUGCCAUGGCCAGACAUGUCUUGAAGGACGUGGCUGCUAAAGAGCCAGGAAUGACCUUGAGACCAGAGAGGCCGGCCUCUGUGCCAGAUCCAGCUCAGACCAGGCCCAGAAUCCCACAAAUCCACAUCCCUUUCAUCAUCCCUCCCCGGCCGGCCAGCCCCAGGCAGCCGGCCAGCCCCGGCCUGCCCAACACGCACACGCCAGUCCAGCCUGGCAACCCCGCUCUGCCUGGCGUUCCCAUCAGGCCCGUGGUGGAGAAGGGCGAGGCCGGACCCCCGGGGUACGUCCGCAGGGUGACGGUGCGCCGGGGCUCCGAGCACUCGUCCAGAGAGCCUUUGACGGGAUUUGCUGGAGCUCCAGCGCCUGCAGAAGUGAAGGGUGCCUGGACCGCCAUCCAUCACGCAGCAGGGGACUCUCCAGGUUCAGUGGACAGUCCAGAACAGUACUCCUUCUCUGCCGGCCUCACACAGCAGCCGUUCACCGGGGACUUCGGCAUCAUUCGCUUUAACAGGAUCCUGCUGAACGACGGGGGGCACUACAGCCCCCACACAGGGACGUUCACUGUGCCGGUGGACGGCCGGUACCUGAUCUCCGGCGUGCUGACGGCCCGGCAAGGAGACCACGUGAACGCCGUGCUGUCCGUGACCAACCGCAGCGUCCAGAGGCUGCGCAGCCCCAGGGGGCCGGCGGGGCCGCAGUGUGGCUGCGGGGACACCGUGUCCUUCAGCCUGGUCCUGCCCCUCAGGAAAGGAGAUCGGGUGGGACUGGUGCGGACCGGAGGACAGCUGGCCACCACCGAGGCCCGAGAGAUCCUGUCCACCUUCAGCGCCGUCCUGCUCUACGCCCCGCGGGCCAGCAGAUAGCCACCGGGACAGGAGGGACAAUGGACAAUGUGGCGUCCUCGCCACUAAACACUACCACCUGGACGGUCGUAAUAUAUUUGAUCUUUACUCAGAACUUUUGUCAAUGUUGUGUAAAAGUGUAAAUGAACUUCAGAGUAAUCCACCACUGUGCUUUAGACCAGACCUGGACCCCGAGGGACCCGCUGGAGGCCCCUGACCGGGUCCACAAACACCAAUAAAAGGAAUGUGAGACUACAUAAUGUGUGCAGUAUUGCCUCAACUUUAUUCUGAAGAGAGUAGGCUUAUUUUGAAAUCCGUCUUCACUGUGCUGCAACACAAGAGAGAAAACAGAACUGCCGACGUCCUCCGACCUGCUGCUGAGCAGCCGCACGUCCACCUGUCCUCAUGUCCCCACAUCCACACGUCCUCAUGUCCCAAUGUCCCCACAUGCACACGUCCUCAUGUCCCAAUGUCCUCAUAUCCCAGCAUCAUAUCCUGUCUACAUGUCAAUUCCUACAUGUUUCCAGGUCGUCUGCAGUGGCUCCCUGAUGCUCUCAAUGAAUUGUUUUUUAUGUUAUCUUUUUGUUACGAAAUAAAAAAAAGGGGGGGUAAGUAACAGAAAAAGAAAAGCGAACUGGUGGUACCAAUUGGAUCUCCACAUUCAGAUAUUUGCAACUUUUACCCCUACAGAAGACAUGUUGACCACUUUUAUCCAAAUAAAAUGCAUACUCCGCCACAAAAAGUUUGUGAAACUACUGAAAAACACAAUAACACAGUGUAAGAAGAGAGAGAGAAUGUACAGUCCCUCUCGAGCAGCUGUAGAGUCACUAUAGAGGAGAUGUAGAGUUGCAGUAGAGUCGGUACGUAUGUCUGGGAACAGACGACUGGACAAAGCAACAUGGUAAAUGUGUGCUGAGCUAAGACAGACUGGACGAUAGUGACUCGCUCCACCAUCCUGUCAGAAAAGUAGAUGUUUCCUUUCUUAGAUUCCAGCACAGAUUGUUGCAAAAGUUUGAUUUCUUUCAAUUCUUUUUGAGAAACUAUUGCAUAAUGUUCAUUUAACCUUUGGUAAUAACUGGCAUUUUGCACUUUAUGUCUUGAAAAGUUGCAUUAUUUCUCACAAUGUUGCAUCACCUUUAAAAUUCUGAUCCACUAAAAUCAGUUCAUUGUAAACUUUCACCCUUUUCUGACGUGCGGGUUUGUUUGAGAGCAGUGGAUUUAAACUUUGACCCUGAUAUUUCUUUUAUUCUUGUAUUAGGACAAAAUACAAAUAUCCGAGCUCCAAACAGAGAUGAAUCCUCCUCAUGAUCCAGUGUUAAUGUGAACCAUUGAAGUAUGUCAGUCUGCCAAAAUAAAAGCACUAUUUUUAUGUGAUAUAGAAAAUAAAAUAUUUUGUUUCUUUCAGUAACGAUUAUUUAAAAAAAUAAUAUGCCAUUUAAGUUAUAAUAGAACUGACUGUGUUGAACACAAAUUCAAUUAAAAUAGAAUAUAUUUAAUACACAACUUUACAAGUGUUCAUUUUAUCUACACACAGCCAUACACUCUCCAAUAAGAACAUAUGUAUACUUUUUUUUUUUUAAGUUUCGAAGAUAUAAAGCAGCUUACAAAUAUCGAUAAUAAAUUUUUCUGAUGCAGUGAAAGAACACAACAGACUGUGGGUGUUAUUUAAAAUAAUGUACCUUAUCAUCAAGCUGUGGCAACUGAAGAGGCCAAAAGAUGAACAUUGUGGUAAUAAUAGAGUGUUUGAUAUUCACAGUCAUUGAGAAACAAUCGGAGCUGCUCAGUAUUUCUCACCGUUUGUCUCGGUCGAUGAAUGUAUUUGAGUUAACAAACUGUAAAUCAUCGACAUCCAGCAGCCUGCAAAUAUCAAAUGAUGU